ACGAGCUCGCGGGGCAAAAGGGCUAACUCCACCGAUGCCGCCGAUCCUCACCUUCUCCUCGCCGGCACCGUCCAGGGCCCGGUUCAGGGUCGCGGCUUCCGCCGUCGUCGGCGCUCCCGGCCACUCCCCCAACGACUUUCCGUCGUUCCUUCCCAGGGCGGUGGAGAGCAUCCGCGACGGCGCCGCCAUCCGCCUGGCCAAGCGAAUCGAGCGGGUGCCCGUCCAGACCGGCUUCUCCACGAUCCCGAUACUGAGCAGCUGCGUGAGGCCAUUCAAUCGUCAGCAGAGCAGUGACCCGGUCGUGCUGCUCCAUGGGUUCGACAGUUCUUGUUUAGAGUGGAGGUACACCUACCCUUUGCUGGAGGAUGCUGGAUUGGAGGCUUGGGCUGUGGAUGUUCUUGGAUGGGGCUUCUCUAACUUAGAAACAAGGCCACCAUGUGAUACCAUGUCUAAGCGCGAGCAUCUAUACCAGUUCUGGAGAUCCUACAUCAAAAGGCCUAUGACAUUAGUUGGAUCUAGCCUGGGUGCUGCUGUUGCCAUUGAUUUUGCAGUCAACCAUCCGGAAGCGGUAUCAAAAUUAAUCUUCAUUGGCGCAAGUGUAUAUGCUGAGGGCACAAGAGAUAUGACCGGAGUGCCAAAAUUUGUUCCGUAUGCGGGGGCUUUUGUACUGAAGAGUCUUCCUCUGCGAGUGCUGGCUACACACUUGACGUUUUAUAAAACUCCAGAUGAAUUCUUUGAAUCUGUCCAGAUUGGCCGUCUACACUGCCUACUUCCUUGGUGGGAGGAUGCUACUGUUCAUUUUAUGAUAACUGGGGGUUACAAUGUCGUAAACCAAAUAAAUCAGGUAAAGCAAAAAUGCCUUGUCUUAUGGGGAGAGGAUGAUGGAAUAAUCAGCAACAAAGAAGCAUUUCGAUUACAGCAGGAACUCCCAAGCGCAAUUCUAAGACAGGUAAACCAGUGCGGCCACAUUCCCCAUCUUGAGAAGCCGAGAGAAGCGGUGAGACAUAUGCUUGAGUUUCUUCAAAGCGAUAACCCAAAGAAGGCGGAACGAGCUUCUUCCCUGUCGUCAAAUUUUCGGUAGUGAGGAUAGGUGAACAGGACCAGACCCCUUACCCCCUUAGGCUACCGUACGUGCAUGAGGUGUACAUGAGUGUACAUGGCGCACUCAUGUCUACGGCGCCCCUCCUGCAAUCUCCUUGAUUUAGGGAAAGCAAUUUAGUAAGCAUGGGAGAUAUCCCCAGCAACAUCCAGAUCAGCUGGGAGCAGCCGAGUUGAUCAACAAUGUGAGCCCAAGGCUUAGCCGCGGAGAUGGAAAAUGACGCUCUAUGGAACUCGAAAAGCAGAGGCAGAAACUCUGGUCUCCUCUUCUUUAGGCUGCUGGUCUUCAAUUAGCACUAGAAACAUGUACGUACGUAUGUAUGUAUGUUUGUAUGGAUGGAUGUAUGUAUCGACUAAGCUGGCCUAGUUAUUGUACACUAUAUUGAAUA